AUGAGUGAGGUGAACCGUUCUAGUUGUAGUCAGCAGGAUGUUAGUGGCAGUCAAGUACCUAGACAAUCUCAAGGUAAUAACCCCACUCAAAAUAUUGGUGUUAAACCCACUCAAAUGAAACGUAAGAGGAGACAAUCAGGAGGAGCAGCUAAACUUUCUAAUCAAUUAGAGAGUUUGAUUUCAAAUUCAAAUCGAGCAUUGGACAUUUUACAAUCUGAUAGUACUAUGAAUACUCAAAGUAGUACAAGUUUUAGUCUUGCUGCAGCAAUAAGUGUUGUUAACCGCAUGGUUAGUGAUGGUAUUAUGGAAAAGGGUGGAGAUUUGUGGUGUUUUUCUCUUACCUUGCUUAAGGAUGAUUUGAAUCGGGAAAUUUUUUUCAAUAUUGAGGAUGACUCUUCUAGGAAAGCUUGGUUGAAGUAUAUGCAUGAUACAAACAAAGGACAAGAAUGGAUGAAAGAAGUGUUGAAUGGACAUCCUAUUCGAUGUGUAAAUGCAUUUAGAAUGGACUCCGAUUUGUUUAAGCAAUUAUGUGAAGACUUAUAUUCAAAAUAUGGAUUACAAUCUACUAGAAAUAUGUCAUAUGUGGAGAAAGUUGGUAUAUUUAUAUACACACUUGCUAUGGGUGCUUCAAAUAGAGAUGUUGGUGAACGAUUUCAACGUUCCGGUGAAACAAUAAGUAGAGCAUUUCAUGAGGUUUUGGAAGCAAUUAGUGGUCGGAAUAGCGGAUACAAAGGCCUUGCACGUGAUAUCAUAAGACCAGAUGAUCCUACAUUUCAAUCUAUACCGUCUUACAUUACUAAUGAUCCACGAUACAUGCCAUAUUUCAAGGAUUGUAUUGGAUGUAUUGAUGGUACUCAUAUAGCAGCGUGCAUCCCUGAGGUUGAUCAAUUGCGAUAUAGAGGGAGAAAAGGAAUUCCUACUUUCAAUGUUAUGGCAGCGUGUAACUUUGAUAUGUGUUUCACUUUUAUAUCUGUUGGAUGGGAAGGAUCAGCACAUGAUACACGUGUAUUUCUUCAUGCAAUUAAUACACCAUCAAUGAACUUUCCCAAGCCGCCACAAGGAAGAUAUUAUUUGGUGGAUAAAGGAUAUCCAGAUAAACAAGGAUAUUUGGUACCGUAUCCAAGAAUAAGAUAUCAUCAAUCUCAAUUUGAACAUGAGCCGCCAACAAAUGCUCAGGAAGCAUUCAAUCGUGCACAUUCUUCUCUUCGAAGUUGUAUCGAGAGGUCGUUUGGAGUAUUAAAGAAGAGAUGGAAGAUACUUGCUAAUAUGCCACAAUUUAGUGUGGAGACCCAAAUUGAUGUUAUUAUGGCCACCUUUGCACUCCAUAAUUAUAUUCGGAAGAAUUCACAAGAUGACAUGAUGUUUAAUGUGUUUGAGCAGCAUCCAGAUUACAUACCGCCCGAUGAACUUCAAGAUUCAAGUAGUAAUAUCUCCAUCAACGAAAAUUUAAGCCAGGCUUCUACUGAGAUGAAGGAGAUUCGCAAC